CCCCGUAGGGCGAGGCUCUGACCAUCUGAUAUCUAUUGCUCUCCACUUUCACGGCUCAUCGAGGAGCGAUGAGCCAUGAGAAUGGUGCAAGUUCAAUACCGUCCCGACAUGGGACUUACUCAGAGGCAGUUCAUAUUGCAGACUUGGCGCGUACUGGGGCACCAUUACUCGGAAAAGCGAAAAGCUCUUGGGCCUCAGAUGUGGCGUUGAAUCGGAUGGGGAUGGGAUGGGAUGGGAUGCGCUCGGCUGACAUCACAAACAUGUUCGUACACUUCGGCAAAGACGUAUUGUUGUCGCUAGACCUUCUGCUCCGUACGUGGGCAUGUCUCCGUCUUCUCUGUAUCUGGAGCACUUCGGAAACACAAGCAACUCCAGACGACAAUACGGAGUAAUGGUGGAGAGAGAUUACGACGUACGGAGUCGAUAGGGAGAUUGCCAAGGGGUGCGAGUCUGCGGGAGUUGGUGGUGGAGCGCGGGUGGAGUUCAUGAGCGGUGGAUCAGCCGUUGUGCCAAGGAUCACCAGCAGGACCCCCUGGUUCAAACCUGCCUCAAACAACCCUCCAGCAUCUCAAAACAUUUUCGUCCCACGCUGGAAUUACUUCAGAAUCACAUCAGCAAACCUCAUCUCUUCCUUCGAGUUUCGCCUUUUCGGAUGGUUACAUGUACAAGCACAAGGACAAACGUCAUCCUGUGCUAAGUUUGGCCCUCCAAAGCAGGAUUUGUUUUGCUAACGAACAACCAUCAGUCUAUCACGUCUCAGUCAGUUACUCCAGUUACUCCACCACAACACUCCUCCGUGUCGAUUCAUGACGGUAUUCUACGUCCGUGAGACUACUGGGCUCAGUUGACUCGUCCCUUUUGCAAAGAAACGACAGAUAAUGGCCACCUCUGUGGUCUCGAUUAGUCUUUUUGCGUCUUCGAAAACACCCUUCUUGCCACAGUUUUGCAUUUUUGAAAGCCCUUGGAAAUCCUUCGUACCCGGAGAGGUUAGGGAUCAAUUCUACUGGUACUUUGCAGACCAUGCACCUUUCUAUUCGCGUUUGUUUCAAUGAAAAUGGUACAGUUCCGAUGAUCGCACCGAUACCUACGGAUUGUACUUCGACUAUCACACGGAAGUAUGAUCUUAAAAAAAGGUUCAGAGCAUCGACCGUCAGACGCUUGUCGUCUGUUGACCCACAUGAUCAGAUGAGAGAAACAUCACUUUGAUCACUUGGGACGGAACUCACCCGUAAAUAGAAUGACCACUUCCCGGACUGAAGUGGGUUGCACCGCGGGGAAAGGGUGGAUGGUGAUAAGUAGAAAUCUGAAACGGGAGAUCCUCCGUUUACUGUCUAGACCUACGUUGACGGUUGAACAUGAGAAUGUGGAAGGCCAUCCAUCACUUGAAGUUAUACCACCAAUAAGCAGGAAAUUCAGAACGAGAUAUCAAAGUCAAAAAAUAAAGCACAAAAUAAACUUACGGAACUACGAUGAUAUUCUCCUUGGCGCAACUCUGUAACCGCCUGCCAAACCCAACUCGGAGAAUUUUGGGUCAACUUGUAAGAAGUACGAAGUAGCAUGGGGCACCUGUUCGCUUAGUCGAUACAUCCGCUUGUCAGAAAGAACGGGCAAGGGUUGGAAGUUGGCAAGAGGAAAAGUAUGCAAGAAUACGCGCUGAAUUAUCACUCGAGCAGGUUAUAUAUCCUAGCAUGUGGAUGAUCGACCAAGUUUCCAAGAGGUGAUCUGAGGGUGAGGAUGGUCGUUAUGCCUACUCGGUACUCUCUACGAUGUAACCCAAGAAGUUCGACAUUUUGACAGCGACUGUCGAGGAAGGGGAGAGAAAUUUCCCCAAUAUUGUACACCAAAGGGACGAUUGAAAUACAGAGACAAGCUUCGAAAAGUCGAAUUGAUUAUUCGAAUUGUUUGGUCUCAUCAAGUCUCGCCAGUUUCAAUUGUUCUUGUUCCAGGAAACAACUGAACGGGUCGUUUGUUGUACGGAGAAAACACUUGCGCAGACAAGAACUUACUGCCGCUUCCGCAUACCAGGGAAAUCGUGCCGACCCCACUUGAGAGGAAAACAAGAGAAUGGGUAUUGACUCUCCUUCCGAGCGAUUGCAGAUUACCCAAUUAAUCAAAAAGCUAAUGUCGGACCAAACAACACAAGACUUCACCAUAGUUUGAGACACGUAUUUACUCGUAACUGUGUUUGUUAGAAGAAAUAUACGGAGUAUGUACCAGAAACAUCGAGCUGCUGAAUCAAUUAUGCCGAGGGUUUAGGAUCGCCACCUCACGUUAACUCCCAUCGCUUCAAGCCAUUUGUUCCAAUGAAGAUAAUUAUUAGCAUCUCUAAACAUAUGGUCCGACAAUGCGCAUAGAGACAAGAUUCCCACCUAUUACUUCGUAAACUCGGUAAACUUCUUAACCGACUUUGCUAAAGCUCUUGGAGCAAAGGGUGGCAACGUCAUCAACGUCCAUACAAGUGUGGGUGGGCUGGGGAAUUUAUCUCGCUCGUGAAUUGGAUAUCAACAUCAACUUUCGAUUGCGGGAGUUGUGGCUGAGGAGAGGAGAGGGAGAUGGUAUUUGUAUACGAGUACGCUUGCUUGGAUAAAGAUGCAAUAUGAUUGGCUGUCGAUGAUUAUCACAAGCUGAGCCGAGGACAGCCGGUUUAAGGCCGAAGCUCGAAAUUCUUCGAGAGAUCUGAAUCGUGCCAAAGGCUCAAGACCUUGAGGACAGCAUUGACUGCCGUACGACCUUUCAACCCAACGUGGGCAAUGUGGUGAUACUCAGAAAUGACUAUGGCUUCAUCAAGGUCAGUCGUGGCAACGCUGCAGCGCAACUUGUUGCGGCGGCGACCCAUUCGAGUACUUUCUUCCUCGCAGCACUCUCCACGAUUACAGGGCGGGCCCAGCUUUAGACCCCGCACAUCACUCUAUACCCUCAAUCAACCCCAGGCUUUCUCGAUCUCUGCACCUAGGCGGUUGGCAGACCAUGAUGAGUCUUUUGACCCAAAUACCAUCGACCGCGAGAGUGACGAAGUCGAUGUGUGCAUCAUUGGAGGAGGUAAGCUUGUUUGCCACCUCGGUCCUCCAUAACAACAUCUAAUUCCUGUAGGUCCUGCUGGACUCAGUGCCGCCAUACGAUUAAAGCAACUUGCAAACGAAGCCGGCAAUGAAGAAUUCCGGGUCAUCUUAUUAGAAAAGGCUGGAGAAAUUGGGGCGCAUAUUCUUUCCGGUGCAGUCAUUGAACCUUCCGCUAUCAAUGAACUGAUACCAGAUUGGUUGGCGGAAGACAAUGAAAAUAGAUUCGAUGGCACAACCGCAGUAACGGGCGAGAAGAUGCGAUUCCUCACAAAAUCGAAUAGUAUUCCCAUACCUGCCCCUCCUCAGAUGAACAACCAUGGCAACUAUAUCGUCAGCCUCAACCAAUUCACAAAAUGGCUUGGGGAAAGGGCGGAGGAGGUUGGCGUAGAGGUCUAUCCUGGGUUUGCGGCAUCGGAAGUUUUAUAUAAAUCUGACGGAUCUGUAAAAGGUGUGGCAACCAAUGAUUUAGGAAUAUCGAGGCAAGGUAAAGCCAAGGACAGUUUUGAACGAGGAAUGGAAUUUCAUGCGCGAACAACACUAUUCGCAGAAGGAUGUCAUGGAAGUUUGACAAAACAAGUAAUCAAGAAAUUUGAUCUCCGAAGCGAUUCUCAACCUCAAACCUAUGGAUUGGGAAUUAAAGAAGUCUGGGAAGUCGAACCGGAAAAGCACCAAAAGGGCCAGGUCGUUCAUUCAAUGGGUUAUCCUCUACCUGCAGACACAUAUGGUGGUGGUUGGAUGUAUCAUUUUGGCGACAACCUCGUCAGCGUCGGACUCGUGGUUGGACUUGAUUACCCUAACCCUUGGAUGUCACCAUAUGGCGAAUUUCAAAAAAUGAAGCAUCAUCCUCUCUACAAAUCCGUCUUGGAAGGCGGAAAAUGCAUCUCCUACGGAGCCCGAGCAUUAAACGAAGGAGGAUUCCAAUCCAUACCGAAAGUGGCAUUUCCAGGCGGUGCUCUGAUAGGCGACACGGCAGGAUUCCUCAAUGUUCCAAAGAUUAAAGGUACACAUACAGCAAUGAAAUCGGGUAUGCUCGCCGCCGAGGCGACUUGGACAGCUCUCGGAAACGCCAAUUCCGGAACCGUUUUCCUCUAUGAUUAUGAAGACGCGCUUCGAAAGUCGAGUAUCUGGAAGGAGCUUGAGGAGGUCCGAAACAUGCGACCGUCAUUUCAUAGCCCUCUGAAACUUUAUGGCGGAGUUAUGUACUCCGGUCUCGAGGCAUUCAUUCUGAAAGGCAAAGUUCCAUGGACACUCAAACAUAAGGGCACCGAUUAUGCGGCCACCAAAUCGGCUGACCAGUGCAAGAAGAUUGAGUAUGAGAAACCAGAUGGAAAGAUCAGCUUUGAUAUUUUGACUAGUGUUAGUCGGACCGGGACGAAUCAUGAAGAGGAUCAACCUGUUCACUUGAAAGUCGCGGAUUGGGAGAAACAUGCUCAAGAGCAGUGGUCCAAAUAUAAAGGCGUUGAGAACCGGUUCUGUCCCGCUGGUGUGUAUGAAUAUGUUGAGGAUGAGAGUAAAGACAUCGGCGUGAGAUUCCAAAUCAAUGCGCAAAAGUAAGUUGUUUACCUAUCCAUCCCUCGCGCAAGCUGUACUAAUUCAUUCAUGAAGUUGUAUUCAUUGCAAGACUUGCGACAUUAAAGUUCCUAAUCAGGGAAUCAACUGGACGACACCACAAGGUGGUGAGGGUCCAAAGUAUUUCAUGACUUGAGAGAUCACUUGGGAUUUUGCUAAGUGUUGUAACUUGUAUAUAGCCUUUAUUUUAUGUUUUUUUUGCUUAGAAUAGAGGAAAUGAAUCGGGCUCUCGAGAGUCUUUCUUGCUAUCCUUUGGAUUUUGGGUUUUGAUGGGUACUUUUUUCGUCACUCCUCUGAAUGGGAGUCUGGCUUCUUACUACACAUGGGUUGUGUAAAAUUACUUUGAAGAAUCCACUCUAACAUCUUGC